CUCAAUCUAUGAAAAAAAAUCAUUGAAAUUAAUUUGUAUAUGUUGGGCACAAUGGCUGGAGGAGCUGCAAAUUGUUAAAAAUGGGAGUUCUAUCGCCAAGAUGUCUAGUACAUUGUUAAAAAUGGGAAAGCUCUUAUAAUAAACGAGGUAUUAAAAACAUCGUAUUUUUAUUUUAGGAGAAAAAACUAGUUAUAUUGCUGUAAAUUAAUGUUCAUUUGAAGUUGACGGGGAGAGUGGAAGAAAAAAGACGAUGGUCAGAGGGGAUUCACCUGGCUGUGGAGGCAAAAGAAGGGUUACCAAUCCAGGUAUAUAUUGCGAUUGCCUGCCACAUCAUCAUUCUUUUUGACAACUCUUGUUUAAAGCUAUUACCUUGUAUUCCUCUUGGGCUUUACAGGCUGAUUCAGUUGUAAUGGCACAAAUCACAUACCAAUCAAUGUUUAAGCUUUAUCCAAAGCUUUCAGGGAUGACAGGAACUGCAAAAACUGAAGAAAAGGAGUUCUUGAAAAUGUUCCAGAUGCCUGUUAUUGAAGUUCCCACAAAUAUGGCAAAUAUUCGUCACGAUUUACCUAUCCAAGCUUUUGCAAAUGCUCGUGGUAAAUGGGAAUAUGUUCGUGCAGAAGUUGAAAGCAUGUUCAGAGUUGGUCGUCCUGUUUUAGUGGGGACCACUAGUGUCGAGAACUCAGAAUAUCUAUCUGCUUUGCUGAGGGCUAGCAAGAUUCCCCACAAUGUCCUCAAUGCACGACCAAAGGUUUGUUGUCUACUUUUUAUAGGAUUUAUCAAUGAAAAUAGAUAGGAUUUUGGGUUAACCAUGUAUGUAACAUGGCGACUUGAUUAUUGUUUUCAGUACAAUGUCUUGAUACGAAAAAAAAAACUGAGAGUAGGAUGCUGGUAAUUAGAAAUAGGUAGCUAUUCUUUCAUUUGGCCCUAACGUUAAUGUGAAUGGUAUAUGGUUUUGGGUAAAUAACGCAGCUAAAUACGUGGGCAAAAGUGAGAACAAGAGUUGGACAUAUGAGAAGGCAAAAUCUAUAAUUUCAGAGUCAAUUGAAAUGAGCCAGUCAAUGGGUUUAGAUGAAUUGCAAAG